CGCCCGCUGCCGGCGCCGCUCGCUCGCACUCGGUCGCGCCGCGGGGCAGGCAUGGGAGCCGCGCGCGCCCUCCCGGCGCCCACACCUGUCUGAGCGGCGCAGCGAGCCGCGGCCCCGGCGGGCUGCUCGGCGCGAGUGGUGCUCAGCAUGGCGGGGAUUCCAGGGCUCCUCUUCCUCCUCCUCCUCCUCCUCCUCUGUGCUGUCGGGCAGGUGAGCCCCUCUGGCGCCCACUGGAAACCCACUUGGCCUGCUUAUCGCCUCCCGGUGGUCUUGCCCCAGUCCACCCUCCACUUAGGUAAGCCAGACUUUGGGGCCGAAGCCAAAUUGGAAGUGUCCUCCUCAUGCGGACCCCAGUGUCAUAAGGGCACCCCGCUGCCCACCUAUGAAGAGGCCAAGCAGUACCUAUCCUAUGAGACGCUCUAUGCCAACGGCAGCCGCACCGAGACGCAGGUGGGCAUUUAUGUCCUCAGUGGUGGCAGUGGGGGGCAAGAGUCUUCGCGAAAGGCUCGGAGGAAGCGGCAGAUCUAUGGCUACGACAGCAGAUUCAGCAUUUUUGGGAAGGACUUCUUGCUCAACUACCCCUUCUCGACCUCAGUGAAGUUAUCCACAGGCUGCACGGGCACCCUGGUGGCAGAGAGGCAUGUCCUUACCGCUGCCCAUUGCAUUCACGAUGGGAAGACCUACGUGAAAGGAACCCAGAAACUUCGAGUGGGCUUCCUGAAGCCCAAGUUUAAAGAUGGUGGUCGAGGGGCCAACAGCUCCAGCUCUGCCAUUCCGGAGAAGAUGAAGUUUCAGUGGAUCCGGGUGAAACGCACCCACGUGCCCAAGGGUUGGAUCAAAGGCAACGCCAAUGACAUUGGUAUGGAUUAUGACUAUGCCCUUCUAGAACUCAAAAAGCCCCACAAGAGAAAGUUCAUGAAGAUCGGCGUGAGCCCUCCCGCCAAGCAGCUGCCAGGGGGCCGAAUCCACUUCUCUGGUUAUGACAAUGACCGACCAGGCAACUUGGUAUACCGCUUCUGUGAUGUCAAGGAUGAGACCUAUGACCUGCUCUACCAGCAGUGUGAUGCCCAGCCCGGGGCCAGCGGCUCUGGAGUCUACGUGAGGAUGUGGAAGAGGCAGCAGCAGAAGUGGGAGCGAAAAAUCAUUGGCAUCUUUUCAGGGCACCAGUGGGUAGACAUGAAUGGCUCUCCACAGGAUUUCAACGUGGCUGUUAGAAUCACCCCUCUCAAAUAUGCCCAGAUUUGCUAUUGGAUUAAAGGGAACUACCUGGAUUGUAGGGAGGGGUGACACGGUGUUCCUUCCUGGCAGCACUUAAUGGUCUUCAUCUACGUAUCUUAGGAGAGGCCAAAUGUUGUCAUUGGGAUGUGUGUGUGUGUGUGUGUGUGUGUGUGUGUGGUGUGGUGUGUGGACUGUGUCAUAUUAUCUUUUACCUGAUUUUUUAAAGUUGCAAGAUGAUUGGCUUUAUUAUUUGAAAACUGGUUUGUGUAUCAUCUAUCAUUUCAGGAGUUUAAAGGCAUACUUUUGCAUAGAAAUUUUAAAAAGACCAUACUGAUGUUUGGGAUAAUAGAGAAUAUUUAGCAAGAAAGUUAAUCCUUCAAUUUUUGAGAACUUUGAUUUUUAUUUCAUCUGAACUUUUGUGUCCAAGGUUUAUAUUAAAUAUGUGGCAUAUGGGAGAUAUAAAUUCUUAAAUUCUUAUGUGUGUAUAUAUGUGUGUUUUCUCUUGAGAUUCAUUUUAGGGUUUUUUUUUAAAUUCCUAAUCACUAACAUUUCCAUGUUCCCCACCGCAUACAACUUUUAGGAACCUUCACAAUACUUCAACAGGCAGGUAUGAUAUUUUGGAUUUGGAGGCAUUUGCACAGUAGUCCUCGAUAAAUGAAAUAAUUUGUUGACUAUAUUGCUACACGUAUUAAACUAUAUCUUACACUAAGUCAGUAUCCGAAGCUGCUUUCAGUUUUGAAAUGGUUUCUUUCCCAAAGGUGGUUGCUCUAUUUUUGAGGAAGGCGCGGCAUACGGCCCUGUCAGCUUUGUGACUCAUCGGAGUAGGCAAGAGUAUUUAUGCCAAUCCCUCCAUUUAACGGGAUUUUACUCACGUUUCUUGAACUAGCUAUUUUCCAGGAGACAAUAAUCAGGGCCUAAUGGGAGCAAGCUAUAUCACUUCCCAGCUAACAAUUGUGGUCACACUAAAAACAAUCAUUUCAUUUUACCCCUGAAGUAGAGCACAUCUCAUGUUUUAUCAUCUGGAUGGAGUGAUUUAAAAUGAAUUAAAUUCCAGAGAACAAUGGACGCAUUGCUUGGCAGAUGUCACAACAGAAUAACCACUUGUUUGGAGCCUGGCACAGUCACACAACCUAAUCAAAAUUAUUCUACGGAGUUUGCAGUGCACUUUCAGGGAGCCGCAUACUGGUGUAAUUUGGAAACUUUUCUCUUUCACUUUACUUAUAUUUUAUAGUAAAAAUAUUUGGAUGGUGCUUUAAGAAAAACCAAGAGGACUUUUUUUCCACUAGCUUUAAAAGGGCCUCUUUUACUGGGAUACUUUAGGCUACAGGCACGUAUAAUCAACUACAGUAAUAAAAAUGGAAAUUGAGAGAAUGCAGAGUGGAUCAGAAUCUUUACUCCAGCAAAUGUCUUUAGGAAUGUUUUAUCAAUAUGAUAAUCAGAGUUUAUAAAGAAAAGACUUUGACUUAUUUUAUGUUUUCAUCUUAUGCUUCUUGGCCUGAGCGGAGCGUGUCUUCCUAAAUAUAUCAAUUGGGGAGUGGGGGGUGGAGAGCAAAUGGAUUACAGGGCAGAUGUUUGCUGGGCUUGUGCCCUUAGGUGAUACCAGCCUGAAUUGGGACUAUCUGUGAGGACAUUCAGAUAUGGCACUGAAGCUUUAGUUUUUUCUGGGUGGCUUUUGACUUGUU